GGCCGAGCGAACUGGAAAUAGUCGUAACCAAUCUUUAUCCGUUUUGAUCAAAUAUGGCGGACGCUUUGGGUGACGAAUGGUGGUUGGAUGAAAAAGACAUCGAAGACACCGAGAUUGAAACAAAACGGGAAAAUAAACGGCGAAAAGAUGAGGAUGGCGAGGAUAAUUCGAAGAACAACGGCAAUAAACAAAUGAACCUCAGUGACGUUGGUCCAAAUGAACCAAAAGCAAAGAAAAGAAGGAAAAAACCUAUGAUUGAAAGUAUAACAACAAAACUUCACGGCCCAGAUGCACCAAAUAUAUUGUGGUCAAGUUUCUGUGACUGUACCGCAGGAUCAUUGUCAACACUAGAACUUGAGGAUGUGAGCAUUGAUGAUUCCUGUUGUUUGGUGGAUGAUUCUAUUCAUAGUGGAUGUUUAGAUGAACUCCUUUCUUAUUUGAAAAACAUUAUUCCUCAGUGGACAAGAGAUGUGGAUAAACUAAACAAGAAAGGUGAUCGUGGCUCACCCUUGCUUCUCUUUGUUUCAUCAGCUGCUACAAGAGUCGUGGAACUUAACAGGGCAGCAACAGAUUUCAAAGGAAAGUGCAAAACGGUCAAAUUAUUCGCCAAACACAUGAAGAUUUCAGAGCAGGAGCAGUUUCUGGAGUCCCAGGUGGUUCACCUUGGCAUUGGGACACCAAGUCGAAUUUUAAAGCUGAUACAGAAUGAUUCAUUAAAAACUAAAAGAUUAAAAUAUGUAAUUCUUGACUGGACAUGGAGAGAUCAAAAACUGCGGAGAAUGGUAGAUAUCCCAGAGGUUAGAGGAGAACUCAUUUCUUUGUUGAAAGAUUUUAUUUUUCCUCUUGCAAAAGCUUCAAAGCUCAAGAUUGGAUUAUUUUAAUGCUGAAACAUGCUCUUUUGACAGAGUGGUCAAUGUACGCAGCUUGCUGGCUUAAAAAUGCAGUUCCAAAUUGCUUUGAUCAAGGAUACAACUGUAGCCUCAGGAACGGAUGUAAUAAUAUUUUGACGAUGCACUAAAAAGAGCCGUUAUUUAAACAGGUUUUUGACUAUUCAAGAGCUGUUUUCAUUAUCAAUCUUACAAGUCACUUUAAACACUUUACGCGACUACA